CAAAAAACAACAUCGCUAAGGAAAAUCCGUCGUGUGAACCGGGAGAAAAAUGAUUCGCACAAAAUUACGCCGACUGCAGACAUAAGUAGCAUGUCCGGAAGCCGCAGGCAAACGUUGGUGCGGAAAAGUAAUGAUGCGCGGGUUACAUACGGCGAUACGGCCAGUGACGAAGAUGACGAAGAAUCGGAUACGCUGACCGAGCUAUCGCGGGAGUCACUAACAAGCAGUCAAGGCCGCAGCAGCAUUGGGUCGAUUCCCUGGGCAGAGGAUGCCAUCAAGCAGAAUCAAACCGAAUGGGAACGUAUUGACCGAAUGUUUUACGGUGAGGAGGAGUUACCCACGGAACCGAAGCUUCGGGAAGAAAUCCUCGAGUGGACCACCGUUUUUCCCUACUUGCGCGUUUCGGGAAAGCCAAUCCCUAUCGUCGAGUCGGUCCACGCUAAGGCGAACGAUCCGUUCCAUGAAGAGGUGUAUGCCGUGGAUCCGGCUCCGAUCAGUCGAUCACGAUCGUCGCGAUCCGGCAAAGACGGCAAGCACGCGACGGCGAGGGACAUACAAUGUGAGCUGAGUUCGUGUGAGCUGGACAAAUGUCUGUACAUCAGCUCGGGAGUGCUCCGGAACACGCACGCCAAAGUUGGGCGACGCUUGGGCGUGGAAAUCGCGCCCGAGUUUGUAGAUAGAAACGAGAAGCCUUUCAGCAAGGUCAAACCUCUCAACAGUCUGAUGGUACCUCAGGUGCCCAUGGUGCCCCUCGGUACGCUUGGGCUCUUAAUUUCUACCCACUCCAUCGGGGCUGGCAACUAUCACGCCGUAACCGGCAGCAGGAAUUGCAGUGCACAAUCAGUGUCAUUCUUAAGCCACAACAACACCGAAGCCAGCAACAAUGGUGGACGGAGCAGAAACAUAAACUUGCACCGGAAGCUAGCACCCUUGCCGCACCGGCCGCAUCAGCAGCAGCAGCACUACAAGCACUCGAAGCCGCACGAAACGACAAUACUGUCCGCAUCCGCUUCGGCCACACACAAUCGCAUUCCACCGUUGGCAAAGAAUUACAAAUUUUUGGUACAAAACAGCCACGUUGCGCCGACGCUGCUGGCCGAGAUCGAGCAGCGGCACAGUAAACUUAACGUCGUGAAAUCCGCUACCACUCGGUACGUGGCAUCGUCACCAACGAAACAAAUUUUCGCCUUGCCAACGUUGAGCGGAAUCGAGGCGUUGGCCCAUCAUAACCGCUUAGCCGGUGGCACGAUGCUGGAUCAGAGUCCUGACAAGAGGCGAACAUUUCGGUCCGAAGUGAUCGGGCGAUCGAUAUCCGCCGCGGUAACGCAGAAAGGAAACCCUAUCUAA